GGCUUUUCACGCAGUUGUCUGCAGCUGGGGUCUGAUUUGGCAGGCUGUGGGGCUGGGGAAGUGCUCUUUGAUUUGCAUAAAUACCACUGUGAAUAUCUAACUGGACGGAUCUGUGGGAGGACCGUGCCGACUUCUUCCUUGCAUGGCCACUCCAUGUUAUCUUCCUCCUGGGAUUCUGUAGGGAAGCAACAGCUACUGGCCUCCUCUCCCUUGCUUGCUUGGUGCCACCUCUUUCCAGGGUCGCUUCCCAGGCUUGGCAUGGCCCUCGUUUAACCUUGCUCUCACAACAACGUCUUUGCUGUCCUCACUUAGCGCAGAAUCACUGCGUGGCGUGCAGAGCGACCAGCCAGGAGGCUGUGUCGUUACAGGUCAAAACAGCUUUAAAUGGAAGCUGAUGUGUAAGGAAAUACAAAAGAAUACAGAAACAAUUGUAAAAAAAUACUGUUAUCACAAGUCUUUGUGCAUGAUGGCCAGUCCUUCUACAGUUUUAACUGUAGCCAUUUCCCCUUUGGCAGGGCUGCAGCACAUAAUCGGCUCUUAAUUUAAUUUUCUUUUGCCAUGCAGUGCAUGAAAGAAGCACUACACCUGACAAAGUGGUAACAAAUAAAACUGUAAUACUGGAAUAUGCUUAUUGCAUUGCCCACUCCACAUUGAAUUGAAAAAUACAAUGCAGUUACAUUGUUCCUGUGGGGAUAGCUUAAUUGAUUCAAUUUGGUAUUUAUUUUCUCCCAGACUCCAAAGUAUAAAAGUAUAAAAUCUUUCUUAAGUGAUUCACCUGAUCUUGCGUUCGAGCCCAUCCAUUGCUGCACUGUCACUCCAUCAGCUACGGGCUACUCCCUGUUCUUGUGCUUGCCAAAAAUUCGCUGUGAGUGUUAGUGUGCACUUUUAUUUUCUCUCCCUGCUGUCCCAUGAGCUGCUUUUCUUUCUAUUGCUUGUGGCCUUUGCAAGUGAUGCUGAUUUUAGAACUCAGGAGAACAGCUUUUGUUAGUCAAAUUAAUUCACACUUCCUAGCUCUCUUUAUUAUGGCCCCAAUAUCCCAUUAAUCCUCUAAUCCCUUCGCUUUCCUUCUGACACAUGCACAUUCUGUGUUCUUCGGUGUUCCUUGAAUUCUGCUGUCUAUAGUAUUCUCGGUUUGAAGAGGAAGUAUCUUGCAAGAAAUAGCACCCAGCAUUCAAAACCAAGCAGAAAUGUUACUUGCAUCAAGAUCCUUGGUUCUUAAAGGGGUCUGUGGGCUGCCGUUGUUAACUCUUUCAAUUGUGUUGUUUUUUAUUUCAGUAACCACUACAGCAGUGUGGACAACCCAGAAUAGCGAUGGGGCAGGUGGACUAGAUCCACAGUGGUGGAAAGAAUUGCACAUUUCAGGUCCAGGAAAGGAGCACAGAGAAGACCUACAGGAACAGGGACUUUAAUUUGAUGUACAAGGAGGGAAUAAAGUGGCUCAUCUCUGAGAGACUUUGCUGUUUAGGAAGGAAGACAGGGGAAUGGUGCAGUUUCUUUUGAUUUUGUUUUGUGGAUUUUGGGGUGGGAGUUGUUUGUUUGUGUGUUUAUUUUCCAGAACACCUGAGAGUUAUCCUGCAUUCAUACAGUUCGAGAAGGGAAGGGCUCAGGAAAAAAAAAAUCGUUUCUGGCUACCAAGUUGAUACGCCACCCGAUCGUAGCAGCCGUAACUGCCCCUGUCGCCCAGCCCCACAGGGCUGCCCCCCUCCUGCACCGCUGCGCACCCGCCAUCCCACUCACUCACAGGAAUGUGGAGAGGAGAACUGGAAUGCAAAGCAGAGGCAUUUGUGUGAUCUUUCACUGUCCUACAUCUCUAGCUGUUUGUAAAACAAAUGCAGUGACUUGUUUUGGUGUUGUGGUCAGCCUGCAGCCCUUUUUGUACUUAAUAAAGAAACUUCUGGAGAAGAGUCUGUGAAUUCAAUACUGAGCAUACAUCCAUUGCUGACAGCAAUGAUACUAAAGCUGCUGCCUGUCUUACUCCCUUUCCAACUGAAUGUAAGUUUACUCUAAGUGGGGUGGAGGUGGGGUGAGUCUGUGUGUGAGCAUGUGUGUGCAGAAACAGUAAAAGUAUGACACUGUACCUGUCAAACAUUAAAGCUUCAUCAAAGCAGGACUUAGUCCACCAGUAGGCACUCUUUGCUAACCUCUUUUGGAGACCGUAUUAGUUUAAUUCAGAAGAAAUUCUGUGUAAGCUAAAGAUAGCAUUUUAAAAGUUUGUCUCUCCCAGUCCCAUGAUGCCUUUUAGCUCCAGGCUGGUGAAGAAUGCACAAGAUGUCGUCUGCUCACAGCAUUGGUUUGUUAACAGUUUGCGUGUCUGGCUGUAAGCUGAUAGUUCUCUGCACUGCACUGAGUCCAUGCUGAGUUGGUUCUGAGGGUGUCGUACAGCAAAGCUGCCAGCAGACGAUUGCCCUCUCAGUUGUUGUGGCUGGUGCUGGCAUUACUGACAGGAGGAGUUCCCUCCUCAGUCACCUCCCAUAGAGAUCGCAGCUUUUAAACUCCUGCAGACUGUCUGCACGGUCUGUAUCCAAGCAGGAACCUGCCUGCCCCCAGACCCCAGCUGCUGCUACAUGGAGAUGUGAGGGGCUGGAAGGGGAACGAACAAGCAUGUGACUGUUUCCACUAGCAGCUGCAGCGGUGCUUGGGAGUCCUGUAUCUGUUGCAGAUGGUAUGUCUCCUGCCAUGGUUUUACAUCCGUCCUGCGUUCUGCAGCUUUCCUCACAUCACCAGACUUUGUCUUGCAAUGCUUUUCUGGUCUCUGGGCUUUCAUCCUGGUGGUUUGUGGAUGUCUGCUUCUUGGAAAGACACUGUAAUUCCGUAGUGUAUGCUUCUCAUACAGUCUGCAUCUCAGUCCCUGCAGUGUGAGGUUGUGGUCCAGAUAUAAAAGCAACACUUGGGGUUUUGAAGACCGUUCCGUGCUGGAAAGGCUCCUGAUGGGGGUGCGUGUGUCACAGCAAUCACGAUGGUAUCUGUGGCUUGCAGUGACAGAAUCAGAGUGCUCCUCAUCACACGGAUUGUGUUCUCAAGUCUUCCCUACAGAAACAUUUCUGAAACAGAACGAUAAAUGCCUUCAAAUGCAUUUGGAAACACCCAUGGGGAUGUUGAGAGCUAAAACUCUUCUCCCACACUCUCCAUGAAACUUUUGAAGGUCUUUGAAAUCUUGCAUAGAUGACUGCUUUUUAAAGUAGUGCUCGAAGCGAAGAGGUGAGCAGCAGAAAGGCAAUGUGAGUACGAACACAGGGCAAAGCUGGCCGAGACAGUUCAGGGAACGUGCCUGUCCGUGUGACAGGACUGGGGCUCUCCUCGUGGCUCUGGAAUUCAGUUCCCUGGUUAUACUGAUGCCAUUGUGGCCCUAUGCUAAAAGGUGAAAUUUUGGGAAAGCUUUUGGUUUAUGUGAAACAUGCACUGUGUCUUCCUUCGCAUUUCCAGAUUUAUGCUUUGAGUGGUUCUUGAGAACUUAUAAGUCGGUUGACAAAUUUAACCUAAAAGCCUGCUGGGAACUUCAGCACCUUAUUCCAGGUGCUCACAGUUCAUCCACCAAGAGAGGCAAAUCAUGGCUACCCUGGAACAAAGUCAUUUGUUUGAUUUAGUAUGAAAAUUAAUGGUUGCCUUGUAUUGUUAUUGUCUAGAAUGAAAAGUUCUCUUAAGGAGGGAUUGCUGUAAGGAUUUUUUUUUCAGAGGAGCACAAAUAAUUGCCUUAUUUCAAUGUGUUUGCCAUCUCCCGUUGAGUUGAGGUACUAGCGAUCGAUGUCUUUUAACGAAGCAGACUGUAAGCUAUCCCAAACAAGCGUCUCAGCUUUCUAGGUUCGUUCCUGUAGUUUUCUGUUUUGAGCGUGUGAAGUGUCACUGGGAUCUAUUUUAGCCAGAACUGCUCUUGGACAAGGCAAGGCAGCAAAGUAAGUUAUCCAUGGUGAGAGCAGGAGAGCAGGAGCUCUGAACACAAACACCAUGAUAGGCAGCUUGUCCUCAGCCCCGCUGGGACAGAAGGUGGUGACAGAGCAUGCCAAGGACAACCCCUCCAUUUAGUGCUGCUGUGCAGAGCAGAGGAGGUGCCAGGCACUCGGGGAGAUGCUGUUUUUAUGCAGGUUGCCGUUACGGCAGGGAAGAGGGCUUAAUGGUUCAGAAGAGCCGUGCAGCACUGUGCCUGGUUUGGGAUACUGUCAUCGUCCCUGAGUGGCCUCCUCUCCUCCGGGAGCUGUGCUGUAGCUCUGGUGGCAGACAGCUUGGUAGCAGAAAAAGCCACCUCACUAUGUGUGGCAGAUGCAUGGCAUCUCUUUUUUUUCUUUUUUUCUUUUUUUGUGGCUGGAGUGGCAUAUAGAGCAUGCAGAGAGCAGCCUGAUGCCAGGCACUUCCAGUGAGAUGUUCUAGGCACUUCCAGUGGGAUUUUCUAGGCACAGGGACCGCACUGACACCAGCAGGUACUAGAGGCUGGUGCUGCAGUGUAGGCAAGCAGAGAGGUUACUUAAAUGCUUUCUGAGAGGUGACUUCAGAGGCUCUGAACAGCACAGGUGAGCAGCCCCACACCAGCCGUGUGUUUGGCCAGCCUUGGUGGUGAGUGUGAUGGAACAGCACUGGUCUGACUCUUUGUCCUUGUGGCUGCCAGGGGAACAAGUCUUUGCAGGGCUGGAGGAACAAGCCCGCCAAGCCAUGAUGAAAAACAACUUUCCUGGAGCUCUUGGAGACCAAAGGCCAGACAUCCAUCCACUGCAAGACCCCGACUCCAGCAGCAGUGGCAGUGACGAUGAGGAAACCACCCAGGAUGAAGUUUCUUCCCAUACAUCUGAGGAGGAUGGCUCAGUGGUGAAAGUGAAGAAAGAAUUAGAGAAUGCAGAAAAAUCUGUGGCUGGAACCCCACUGAUGAGAGAAAAUAAGGUGCCUGAGAGUUUGAAUGCUGACCCUGUGCUGGGACUGUCACAGUGUCCCCUCUGCCAGCUGGAGUGCGGAAGCAGGGAGCAGCUCAUCGCUCAUGUGUACCAGCACACCGCAGCUGUGGUGAGCGCCAAGAGCUACAUGUGUCCUGUAUGUGGCAGAGCCCUCAGCUCACCAGGAUCCCUUGGGCGACAUCUCCUGAUCCACUCAGAGGACCAGCUGUCAAACUGUGCAGUGUGUGGAGCACGUUUCACCAGCCAUGCCACAUUCAACAGUGAGAAGCUGCCAGAGGUGCUCAGCGCAGGUCGCCUGCCGGCACCGCAGAGUGAGGGCUCCUCCAGCGUUGAGGGCAAAGACAUUGCCUUCCACACGCCCGUGUACCCUGCAGGCAUCCUCCUGGUUUGCAACAACUGUGCUGCGUAUCGUAAGCUGCUGGAGGCGCAGACACCGGGCAUGCGCAAGUGGGCACUUCGUCGGCAGAACGAGCCCCUGGAAGUGCGGCUGCAGCGUCUGGAGCGGGAGCGGACGGCCAAGAAAAGCCGGCGGGACAAUGAAACACCUGAAGAACGGGAAGUGAGGCGUAUGCGGGAUCGAGAAGCCAAGCGCUUGCAGCGCAUGCAAGAGACAGAUGAGCAGCGGGCACGGCGGCUGCAGCGGGACCGGGAAGCCAUGCGACUGAAACGCGCAAACGAGACCCCAGAGAAACGACAGGCCCGGCUCAUCCGGGAGCGCGAGGCCAAGAGGCUCAAGCGGCGCCUGGAGAAAAUGGACAUGAUGCUCCGGGCACAGUUUGGCCAGGACCCCUCUGCCAUGGCCGCUUUGGCAGCUGAAAUGAACUUUUUCCAGCUGCCAGUGAGUAACGUGGAGCUGGAGAGCCAGCUGCUGGGCAAAAUGACAUUUGAGGAGCAGAGCAACAGCACGCUGCAUUGAGCUGCAGCCGAGGACUGUGCCACCUCUGCCACACCUGCCACAGGCGCACAAGCGGGGUUCUGUACCUGGGAGGCUGCUGUGGGACCCUGGCUGCCUGUCCCGACUGAGGGUUCUGGUUUUCUCCUGAACAGAGGAGGGGAACAGAGCUGAGAGAUGUCUGCCAAAGUAGCCCUGGUGGGAGCAGAUUCUGAGGAUACGGUCUGCUCUGGGGGCCAAGUCACAGUCUGUGAACAGAGGGAAAAUAAAUUAAUGUUCAUGUUUA